AUGCUUGACUUCCUUGUCAUGAAAGGUACAGCUUCUAAUUAUAUCAAAGUAUUAUAACUUACAUAAUAAUCGUCAGCUCACAUACCAAUGUUUCUCACGUUAAGUUCUAAUGUUAUAGAAAAACAACGACAGAUGUUGCUAAUCAACAAGAAAACAGAUUUGGACCUCUUUAGAACGAAUCUAGACGAGACCUUAACCCUCACAGUAAGACUAAGAACAUUUAUCGAAAUUGUUAAUGAUGUUGAACAACUGACUAAUAACAUCGUAAAAGCAGCGAAAGCGGCAACACCCAUAACACCAACAGGUGGUAAUCAUGAGAUUGCCUACCCAAUGGAAGUUAGGGAACUAGUAAAAUAA